AUGGCGGGAAUCACUAAAAGAGUUGGAGAAAUUGGGGUAGAAAGUAUUCAUACCUUUCCCGAAACUGGCGAAAGACCUUGCAAAGUGCAAGCGUUGGUUAGUGGCAUGUUCAUGGGAAUUCUUUACGGAGAAAAUCGUUAACAAAAACACGUACAUUUGUGCUCUUCACUGGCCCGGAGGAAAAGGUCCCACAGACGAGUUUCCAGAUCCGCUCAAAGCAAAUCUCACACCGAAACAAGCAGGACGAGCAUCCGCUCCAAAGAGAAAGGCCCCAAAAUGGAGAGAGGAGCCGGUGACAAAGCAAAACAAGGUAAUUAAAGAGAACUAUGGC